GAGGGCUUGGGGCGGGAAGAUGGCCUCCACCAAGCGGGUGCUGUAUGUGGGUGGACUUGCGGAAGAGGUGGAUGAGAAAGUUCUCCAUGCUGCCUUUAUUCCCUUUGGAGAUAUCACCGAUAUUCAGAUACCUCUGGACUAUGAAACUGAAAAGCACCGGGGAUUUGCUUUCAUUGAAUUUGAGUUGGCAGAGGACGCUGCAGCAGCGAUUGACAACAUGAACGAGUCGGAGCUUUUUGGCAGGACGAUUCGUGUCAACUUGGCCAAGCCGAUGCGGAUUAAGGAAGGCUCUUCCAGGCCCGUCUGGUCGGAUGAUGACUGGUUGAAGAAGUUUUCGGGGAAGACGCUUGAGGAGAAUGCAGAGGAAGAGGGAGCAGAGCCUUCCAAAUCAGAGACGCAGGAGGGUGAGCCUCCUGCUAAGAAGUCCAGGGCCAAUCCUCAGGUGUACAUGGACAUCAAGAUUGGAAACAAGCCCGCUGGCCGAAUCCAGAUUCUCCUGCGCUCGGACAUUGUGCCCAUGACAGCGGAGAAUUUCCGCUGCUUAUGCACCCACGAAAAGAACUUUGGCUUCAAGGGGAGCAGCUUCCACCGCAUCAUCCCCCAGUUCAUGUGUCAGGCUGGAGAUUUCACCAACCACAAUGGCACCGGAGGCAAAUCCAUCUACGGGAAGAAGUUUGACGAUGAAAACUUUAUUCUGAAGCACACGGGACCAGGGUUGUUAUCAAUGGCGAACUCUGGCCCAAACACCAACGGCUCCCAAUUCUUCAUCACUUGUGAUAAAACGGACUGGCUGGACGGCAAGCAUGUGGUCUUUGGUGAGGUGACAGAAGGGAUGGAGGUGGUGCGGCAGAUCGAGGCUCAAGGCAGCAAAGAUGGGAAACCCAAGGAGAAAGUGAUCAUUUCAGACUGUGGGGAGUAUGUGUGAGUCCCUGUCUCUCAGAAGUCUGGAUGGGUGACCAGAUGAGCAGUGAAGGCUGGAAGUUGUUCUGGAUGGGGAAAAAAGAACUGGAGAUUGCCAAGAAGAAAAGUUACCUUCUUACUCCACAAGUCUCACCUGCUAUAUAGUUUCUUUUGAAACUACAAUACUGGCUUGGACUGGACAGUCCGGUCAGUAGACAGCAUAGGCUCAUAAGUGGGUGUUUUUCAACCUGGGGGGGCCACAGGAAACUUUAAAAAAACAUGCAAAUGUUUGUCCAAUCCAGAGUGGAUCCUGUGUCCCUCCUCUGCGAACAUCUCCAGUCCUGCCGGUGUCUUCUGCAGAGAAUUUUUACUCGUUUAAAAUAAAGCAGAGCUUUUAUAAAAUACC